UACCAUAAGUAUUGCACCUCACAAAGUAUCACCACCACACCACAUACCAGUACCAGUACAUUACCAUGCAUUUGUUGCAACUUUUACAUUUUAUCAACCAAAUUCAUUGCUACAUCGUCUCACAUCUCUAUCCUUCGCAGUGGACUGCCCAACAAGCAACAGCUUUCACCGAAUCAUCCCUGUCCGACACACGAUGGCAACAGUCCUACUUCACCGGGUGGCGGCGCAUCGCCUUACAAUGGUUCCCAAGCCGGCGGCAGCGGCGGCAUAUCGCCAAAUUCCAAUGCGGGCAUUUCACCUAACAAAUACCGACGCAGCAUAUCAUUCCCAAACAAGGGCGGCAAUUCGCCCACACCCGGCUACUCACUAGACAUUAACGCCGCACAGUCACACAUACCCACAUUGUCAGUGGGCAAUAGCGGCAGUCAGAGUGCUGGCGCCACUGGUGGCGGUGAUGCGCCAUACCUCGGUGCUGGCUUCACGCCCGAUCGGCUAGUGGGCAACGGUCUUGACAUGCGUCCAAUUGAUCACUGCUUAAAUGACAUAAUGCGCAAUAUGGGCGCAGUGGGAGCUGGUGGCGAUAAUAAUGUGACCGCCGCUGCCGUAUUGGCAGAACGCAUGCGCAAUCAGAAGCUAAGUGAACAUCAUCUCAGCGAAGCAGAUGCUGUGGCCAUAGCGAGUGGCAAUGGUGCAGCUGCCUACUUGGAUGCCAAUUUGAAAUUGAACUCGCCGUCACGAGCGUCACCACAUUCGCAGGGCUCAGAACAUACGGCACGCUAUUCGAGAAAAGUCUUUGUAGGCGGUUUGCCGCCAGAUAUCGACGAGGAUGAGAUCACCACAUCGUUUCGGCGCUUCGGGCCAUUGGUUGUUGAUUGGCCACACAAAGCUGAGUCAAAGUCGUAUUUCCCACCAAAGGGAUACGCAUUUCUGCUCUUCCAGGAUGAGAACAGCGUGCAACAGUUAAUAGAUUCAUGCAUAACCGACGACGACAAGCUCUAUUUGUGCGUCUCAUCGCCUACCAUCAAAGAUAAACCGGUACAAAUAAGACCUUGGCGUCUGGCCGAUGCCGAUUAUGUGCUCGAUGCAACCAUGUCGUUGGAUCCGCGGAAAACCGUCUUUGUUGGCGGUGUACCGCGCCCCUUGAAAGCCUUCGAGCUGGCCAUGAUCAUGGAUCGUUUGUAUGGUGGUGUGUGUUAUGCGGGCAUCGACACCGAUCCGGAACUAAAGUAUCCGAAGGGCGCCGGACGCGUCGCAUUCGCCAAUCAACAAAGCUACAUAGCGGCUAUUUCGGCGCGUUUCGUACAGCUCCAGCAUGGCGAUAUCGAUAAGCGUGUGGAGGUGAAACCCUACGUGCUGGACGAUCAGAUGUGUGACGAGUGUGAGGGUCAACGUUGUGGCGGCAAAUUCGCACCGUUUUUCUGCGCCAACGUCACAUGUCUACAAUACUAUUGCGAGAACUGUUGGGGCGUCAUUCAUGCGCGCCCCGGCCGUGAAUAUCAUAAACCGCUAGUCAAAGAAGGCGCCGACCGGCCACGGGCGGUGCCAUUCCGCUGGUGUUAACGGCGGCGCUAAUAGGGCCAGCGAACAGCCGAGCGAAAGUUACAAGCGGCUGAUGGCGGAUGCGCGUCGUUUCAAAACGCAUGGCAAAUGGAACGGCAAAGAGUGGCGGAGCAGCAGGAGUAAAGGUUUGCAGAUGGGCGACGUGAAGUACGAGUUUAUGAAAAUUGCCAUUAAAGUGGAAUGAAGCAGGAAAUGUGCGAAUUUGUGAAGAAAGAGAGGGGGAGUUUAGUAGGCGCGGCAUGAUUUCAAGGCGCAGUAGUUGAAUGCAUUGAAAUAUUUACGCCCAAGCGAAAACAUUUUUUGUGUAUACCAGAAAACACGAAAAAACAGUAACACACACACACACGCGUACACAUGAAUACACUUGA